AUGCUGGUUUGCGAAGUUUUACGUCGAAUCGCAGCCUCGUCCCACAUCGACUUGUUCAAUCUCAAGUCCAGCUGCAAAGUAUUUAACGAAAUAGCUGAAGAUAAAUAUCUGUAUCAAUGCGUAUCGCUGAAUAAAUUCCCAAUGAUUCCUUGGAACCCUUCAAUGGAGAAAAAGGCCGCAUUUUUGAAUAAGUGUCGCGAAUCUAAUAAUCCUGAGGCCAUGUAUAGGCAAGCAGUGGUUGAUUAUUUCAACAGAAGCGAUCUAAAAUCAGCAUGCGAGCACUUACUGAAAGCCUUGAAAUUACGCUACGGGGAGGCCAUUUAUCUGACGUGCAUUAUCCUGUUGUUAUGUGGAGAGGACGAGUCGAGAAAGAAGGGCGUUAAUAUGCUCGCCGGAUUCAGAAAAUCGAAAUCGACACAAAACAAGUUGAAAAUGUGUCGCAAUAAUUUGUUGAGGAAGCUGAGAGAGAUGUGGGUGAAGAACUCGGAUUUAGUCGAGCCGCGAAAGUGCUGUCCGAGUCCAGAACAACAUCCAUGGAAGAAUCAGUGGUGUGAAGAUGAUGAAUGUUCUGAAUGCGAUGCUUGCAAUGCGGAUAGAGAGAUUAGAAGGAUUUGUAGUGCAUAUAAUGGCUAA